CUUCGCCGGUGCAAACAAUGGAGUGUGUGAGAUGCGUCGUAACGUUCGCUCUGAAAGAGCUGCACUGGGAAGACCUGCCAGGCUGUCCCAUUCACCUUCAGGGAGCACCUGUCUUCCUGAGAGCCUGUGUCCUGGGACAGCUGCAACAUUCCUCUCUCUUUAGACCCACCUUCCCCCUCCUCCUCCAUGGCACCUCACUCACCUUCGACAGGGUAAAGUUAGCUGUUUCUGUGUUAUGGGUGAUGGGGGAGAAGACACAUUGCGACUGCAGGUCCUAACAAACUGUUCUGACCCAUCUCUGCUUAGAGAGAUAAUAACUGGUGAACAUGUGUUUCUGGAGAUGGUACAAGUCACAGAGGACUAUGAGGGAGGAAGAAUUUUGGCCCGCUACGAGGCCCCCGCUGAUGAAUUUCUGUUCCCCGAGGUUCCCCUGAGACCAGGACAACUGAGGACUCUGUCUCUCAACAAAUCUCGGAAUUACCAGUAUUGUCCCCAAUUGAUGCUCACCACUUCCACAGCUGUCACCAAAAUCACCAUAGCAACACCCUUCCCCUUGUCAUCGCCGUGGAAACCACCAAUUGAGAAUACCCCGAUGAAGACACCAAACCCCGCCCACAAUACCAGACGACCUCCAAACCGACAAAUGGGUGUGGCUGCAACAGACAAGCUCCACCUACUACUUGACAGCUAUGCCGAGCCACACCCAGAAUAUUGUUUGGGGGGCGGGGCUGGAGAGUCAGAGAUUAAGGAACCCCCGGGAAAAAUUAGACCCCCCAACUCUAAAUCGUCAAUUCAUGGAGGAUCAUUUGGGGGUCGAAAAUUGAAAGUCAGGGGAACCCUCACAACUAACCCCGGGGGUCUCUACCACUGCUGUACUGUCAGUGUUGGACCCCACGAAUGGACCUCGUGCCCCCGACGAAGCUACCGACAGCAGAGUCAGGGGGUCCACGGUCGCUGUAGCCAGCGAGGCCCACGCUCGAAAUCUGCCCCCUCUCUGGAACUAGUGGGGGAACCGGAAAAUCUUGACCCCUCACAGAGAGGGGUCGCAACUCGUCCGUUCAUGGCAGGAAGAGUGGACAGAGGUCUUCUGGCAAAAAGAGACUUUUGCGGCCAGACUCCAGGUAAAAUGGCCGAGCGAGAGAGCAGGGGAGGAGGAGGGGGACGAGUGAUGGGGAGAGGGAAAAGGGGUUGGACUAGGGUUAAUGUUGUCACUUCGAGGAAGAACGAAACCUCACUGCCUCAGUAUGGGGCAAAAAUUGAUGAACCAACUCCAACUGAACGAUGUCAUACAAAUUCAGUUACCCCGCCUCCUGAUGAUGUCGUCGAUAAUAAUAGUGGGAGUGAAGCCACCAGUUCAUCUGGUAAUACCAGUGGCGACUCCAGCAGCUCAUGUGACAGUCAUGUGACAGGAAGUGAAAGAGGGGAGGAGCCUCCGUCUCAAUCUGAUGAUGACAUCACCUCUGAUACAAGACGUCGCCAUUCACCGCAGGCCGUGACGAGCAUCUCCUGCAGACGACAGAGACAUCAUCUCCUCUCCAAAUACCUUUCCCACCAGAAUGGGAACGGGGGAAUGGGAAUGGACCCCAGUCCAACCACACUCAUAGAACACAAGCUCCAGACACUCAUCCAGGACUGCUGCGAAUGUCGGCGGUCAGCGGAAGGUCUUGGGCGAGACGACAUGAGUGAAGAUGACGACAGAUUGCGAGCAUCCCUGUCGGCUGAGAGGGAAGAUCUACUCAAUAAAUCAGCCAAACUGAUUCCAGAGAAAAGUGUGUUGGUUGGUCUUGGAGGGGAGGAAGGCGAGGACUAUUGGAGUCAGAAGAUGGCCCAGUUUCAGGGGAAACACCAUCGUCUGGUGUUCAACGAGACGAUGGAGAAGAUAUACUCCAGACUCUACCAGAGAGCAAUCAACAUGAAAUGACCUCCAGCAAACGUUCUUGCAUUGGGACUGCAGUUCGUUAAAUCUACUGAGUUUUUACUGAUACUUGCGAAAGCUAUAGUUUUAUGAAGUUUUUUUGGAACAACUCAAUAGUAUGGAUCAUGAGCCGUAUUAUUAUACAUUAUAAUAUAGCAUUUUGACAUAAAUUGCUUCUGUUUGUGAAAACAGCCAUAAAAUAGAACUGCAGUUGAUGUCGACACACAGAGUGAUACAUACAGACAUGAAGAGCGGGUGAUGGAAUGUAAUUGAAAACGGAACAGAAAAGGCGUUGAAUCUAGUGUCUUCCAUCAUCGUCGUUGUCUUCGUCGCUGCUCCAGGCAUCCUCAUACACAGCUCCAGUGGCAUUUGAUCUUCUGGCGCGAUCCAGUGAUGGCUUCUGGAGAGAAAGAGUUUCUUUUGCUCACCACGAAUAUUUUGCAGUUCACUGAGCUCUGACUUCCCUCCCUCACCUGCCACUGGCGAGAACAUGCUCACAGGCGGUGGACCAAGCCAGAGCCAUAACAGUCAGCGUGUGUGAGGUGCCAGUCGA